UCUACACAAUAGAAGAAUCUUGAGCUUGUUUUUCAAAGAUCACUUCAAUUUAGUUAUGAUUCUAUUACAUUUUCCAAAAUAUUUAGCAGUUGUUGCUCUCUUUGUCCAGACUGUUGGUGCGCUGGACACUUUCACUGCUGCAGUGUAUGAACAUGCUGUUAUUUUGCCAAACAAAACAGCAAAUCCUGUUUCAAAGGAAGAAGCUUUGAUCCUGAUGAAUAAGAACCUAGGUGUUUUGGAGAAAGCAGUCAAGAUGGCAUCUAAACAGGGUGCACAUAUCAUUGUGACACCAGAGGAUGGAAUCUAUGGUUGGGUCUUCUUCAGCAGGGAGAAUAUUUUCCCCUAUUUGGAAUAUAUACCAGCCCCUGAAGUGAACUGGAUUCCUUGUAGAGAUCCUCGGAGGUUUGGCUACACACCAGUACAGGAGAGACUCAGCUGCCUGGCCAAGGACAACUCUAUCUAUGUCGUGGCAAAUAUGGGGGACAAGAAAUCAUGCAACACCAGUGACCCUGAAUGUCCCCCGGAUGGUCAUUACCAAUACAACACCAAUGUCGUGUUUGAUUCUGAGGGUAAGCUGGUGGCCCGCUACUACAAGUACAAUCUUUUUGCACCAGAAAUUCAAUUUGAUUUCCCUAAGGAUUCAGAAUUUGUGACUUUUGACACUCCUUUUGGGAAGUUUGGCAUCUUCACUUGCUUUGACAUUUUUUCUUAUGACCCAGCUGUGGUGGUGGUGAAUGACUAUCACGUUGACAGCAUUCUUUACCCCACUGCUUGGUACAACACACUGCCCCUCCUCUCAGCCGUCCCCUUCCAUUCAGCGUGGGCCAGAGCCAUGAGAGUUAACGUGCUUGCUGCAAAUACUCACCACACCAGGAUGCACAUGACAGGGAGUGGAAUCUACAGUCCAGAAGCUGUCAAAGUGUAUCACUAUGACAUGGAGACAGAGAGUGGUCAGCUGCUCCUGUCAGAAUUAAAGUCUCGGCCUCGCAGUGAGCCCAGCUACCCUGUGGCAGUGGAUUGGAGCGCAUAUGCUAGACAAGUCCAACCUUUCUUAUCUGAGCAGGCGGAUUUUCAAGGGAUGAUUUAUUUUGAUGAAUUCACCUUCACGGAGCUUAAAGGAGACACAGGAAAUUACACAGUGUGCCAGAAGGAUCUGUGUUGUCACUUAACUUACAAGAUGACUGAAAAGCGAGCAGAUGAGAUCUAUGUACUUGGUGCAUUUGAUGGGCUUCAUGUUGUAGAAGGCCAAUAUUACUUACAGAUAUGCACAUUUCUGAAAUGUCAAACCACUGAUCUGAGAACUUGUGGGGAGCCUGUGGGGUCAGCUUUUACUAAGUUUGGAGAAUUCUCCCUCAGUGGCACAUUUGGAACAAGUUAUGUUUUCCCACAGAUUGUCCUAAGUGGGAGUCAGCUUGCCUCUGAAAGACAUUAUGAGGUUUCAAGAGAUGGACGUCUGAGGAGCCGAAGUGGAGCAUCUUUGCCUGUCUUAGUUAUGGCCCUGUAUGGAAGGGUGUUUGAGAAGGACCCUCCACGUUUAGGGCAGGGACCUGGGAAACCAAAAUGAAUGAGGGCAGGCAGGCAGAAAGGGGAAAAUAUACCAAAUGUAACCAGAGAUCGGUGCAGCACUAUAUCCAGACAUGUUUUCCUAGUCAUCCUUGUCAGCCAUUAUCCUAAAAUAAUGGUGGACCCAGUUGCACUACAUCUUGGUACAGCAGCCAAUAGCUCUCUCCUCAAGGAUUUCAUAAGGUUAUUCAGAGGCCUCAUCUACAUCUCAUUACAGAUGCAGUUUCAUUCAUCCAUGUCCCUUCCAAAGCCUUGCCUUGGCUCUGAAGUCAUCUCAUUUAAUAUCCACUUCCUUUCCCAUAAUUCUUGGACAUGUUCUUCUAUACUUUUCACAACUGUGUUCAUGUCCUGAGCAUAAUCAUUAAACCCUACUCAUGAAAGAAUCUAACGCAAGCAGCUUGAGGCUGGCUGGGUUGCCCAUUCUUAUCCUAUGUGAAAAGUGUGUUUUGGGUUUUGCACUGGUACUUGAUGUAUUUGGUCAAGCUCUCAGGUUGGGGAUAUACUUUCCCUUUGACUUUAAUAAAACUUAUUCUGUUUA